AUGGUAAUCUUUAAGGAUAGUGACUUCGCAAGAAAACAGUCAGAUGAUCAAGAGUGGUAUUUCUUUUGUCGGCUUGAUUACAAGUACUCAAAUAGUAAACGAGUUAACAGGACAACCAAGAAUGGAAACUGGAAAUUGACCGGCAAGAUUCGUGAUAUAAAGCUUAGACGCACAGGUGAAGUGAUCGGUACUAAGAAGAAUCUUGUUUUCCAAUACAAAUGUCCUGAUUCUAAAAAAGUGGUCGGGACUAGUUGGGUCAUCCAUGAAUUCCAAGCUAAAAAUUCCCCUCCUGAUGAGAGGGCUCUAGUUCUUUGCAAGUUAAAGUAUAAAGCAAAUGACUGGGCUGCUACUUCUCCUAAUGAUGAAGGUGAACCUAGUCGGGUUAUGGGAUUUGAUGUUGAAAAUACUGCAGCACAGACUAAUAUCCGAGAGGUAGAUGCAGAACAACUGCUACCUCUCAUUGACAGCCAUGUGGAGGAUUUCAAUUUUCCUUUGCCACUGCAGUCACAGAACCAUGUACAGAAUUGCCUUUCAGAUGAAGAGUAUCUGAAUGAGUUUGCAGAUUCGUUCCUGAUUGAUCCAGAUGAACAUGAAAAUCCUGCACAGUACCUUCUCCUAAAUGACGACAGCCCACAAGCAUCAUCAAGUAAAGCUUAUGUUGAGGGUAGCAGUGACGGAGCAACUUAUGCUGGCUAUGGAGUCGCAGAGGUAAUAAAAAAUCACUACUGGCCAAUGGGGAAUAUUUCUUUCAGUAGCGCCCACUUCUCUCAAAAAUUAUAUCAAAGAACGUUAAUGGGAGCAUAG